AUGGCCGAUCUGAGUGAUUUCAACUUUAUCCACCACCAUCACCCGGAAUCGCCCAAGGAUGAGGACGAGCCGAUGCCACCAUCUCGACCCCAUCACCGUCGCCACCACACCAACGGACGUGGCAAACGACAGGAAAAGCCGCCGUUUAGCUACAUCUCCUUGAUCGCGAUGGCCAUUUCAAAUAGCCCGGAAAAUCAGGCGACCCUGGCCGAGAUAUAUUCCUAUCUACAGGAAAACUACGACUUCUUCCGCGGCGACUACGUCGGAUGGCGCAACUCGAUUCGCCACAAUUUAUCCCUGAACGAUUGUUUCGAGAAAUUGCCGAAAGAAGCUGGAGAUCGCGGUCGGAAGGGCCAUAAGUGGCGUAUCGCACCGACGUGCGAGUUUAUGCUGGAGGAGGGGAAUUUCCGGCGGCGUUCAAAGGGGUACAAGGCCCGCAAGAGAUAUCCCUUCAACGAGCAGUCGGGGCAGUUCGAAUACCCGAGCACCACUACCCUAAUCCCGCCGAUCGCCGACUCGAUCACCUUCCAGGGCCAAGCGGCCAACACUGGGCUCGACGAUUCAACGUCAUCUAACGAAAAUGAGCAGCCCGGCUUUGCCCUCAACCAGCCCGCCGAUGUGAAUCAGGAAGAAAAUCCGGCAGGCUACGGCUACUUCCAACAACCCAUGUGGCCCGUUUACGAUCCCAUGUACUAUGGAGGGGCAGCUGGCGGCUAUCCGAAUGUUUAUCAAAAUUGGUCGGACCCGACGUUGAUUGCUAUGCAGCCUGUCAUGCUCCCCACCGGGCUCGACACACAACAAUGCUGGACAUUCUCAAAUCCGGAAUUCGUUGUUGAUCCUAAUAAUAUUCAACCUGUGAUGUACCCGCUCCCCGAGCAGAUGGCUGAGGCGCCUGUCCCGGAAGGAGAGCCGUUCUUGGUCGGCGAAGAACAUGCAGACUGCCAUCUCCCCAAAUCCCUCCCCCAUGCUCAAGAAAUGUGCACGGAUGAACAAAUCACGAAUUUAAAUUUGUAUACAGAUCAAUUCCAAGGCUAUCACCCAAACCCCAUUGCGUAUCAAAUUGGGGAUUAUCCGGUUGCAGAGGUAGACUGU